CGCCCACAGCCUGGGGACGUCGGCGGCGCGCGACAGGCUUCGCCGGAUAAAUGCGGUGGCCCUGGUGGUAGGAGAGCUUCUGUCCUGAGCACUGGGGCGUUCGGACGUUCGGUAGCGUCCGGUCCUGAGCCUGAGCCGGCUCCUGUUCUUCGCUGUGCCAUGGCGGACGAGGGGAAGUCGUACAACGAGCAUGAUGAUCGUGUUAGUUUCCCUCAGAGAAGAAAGAAAGGCCGGGGUCCUUUCCGGUGGAAAUGUGGAGAAGGGAACCGUCGGUCUGGAAGAGGCGGUUCUAGUAUUCGGUCCUCCCGGUUUGAGGAAGAUGAUGGAGAUGUUGCAAUGAGUGAUGCCCAAGAUGGUCCCCGAGUACGAUACAACCCCUAUGCCAACCGUCCUAACCGUCGGGGCGAAACUUGGCAUGAUCGAGAUCGCAUUCACGUUACUGUGCGUAGAGACAGAGCUCCUCCAGAGAGAGGAGGGGCUGGCACCAGCCAAGAUGGAACUACCAAGAACUGGUUCAAGAUUACAAUUCCUUAUGGGAGAAAAUAUGACAAGGCAUGGCUCCUGAGUAUGAUUCAGAGCAAGUGCAGUGUCCCUUUCACCCCCAUUGAGUUUCACUAUGAGAACACACGGGCCCAGUUUUUUGUGGAGGAUUCCAGUACUGCUUCUGCAUUAAAAGCUGUCAGCUAUAAGAUUCAGGAUCGAGAGAAUCGAAGGAUAGCUAUCAUCAUCAACCCCUCUACUCCACCCUUUACAAUACAGAAUGAACUGAAGCCAGAUCAAGUAGAGCAGCUCAAGCUGAUCAUGAGCAAACGAUAUGAUGGCUCCCAACAAGCACUUGACCUCAAGGGCCUCCGCUCAGACCCAGAUUUGAUGUCCCAGAACAUCAAUGUUGUACUAAAUCGUAGAAGUUCUAUGUCAGCUGCCCUGCGAAUCAUUGAAGAAAACAUCCCUGAGCUAUUGUCCUUGAACUUGAGUAACAACAGGCUCUACAAGCUGGAUGACAUGUCCAGCAUUGUACAAAAGGCACCUAACCUGAAGAUCCUAAACCUUUCUGGAAAUGAAUUGAAGUCAGAGUGGGAAUUGGACAAGAUAAAAGGGCUGAAGCUAGAAGAGCUGUGGCUUGACGGAAACCCCAUGUGUGACACUUUCCGAGACCAGUCUACCUACAUCAGCGCUAUUCGUGAACGAUUUCCCAAGUUAUUACGCCUGGAUGGCCAUGAGUUACCCCCUCCAAUUGCUUUUGAUGUCGAAGCCCCCACGAUGUUACCGCCCUGCAAGGGAAGCUAUUUUGGAACAGAGAACUUAAAAAGCCUGGUCAUGCAUUUCCUGCAGCAGUACUAUGCAAUUUAUGAUUCUGGAGAUCGUCAGGGUCUCCUGGAUGCCUACCAUGAUGGAGCUUGUUGCUCACUAAGCAUUCCUUUCACCCCUCAGAACCCUGCCCGAAGCAACUUGGCUGAGUACUUUAAGGACAGCAGAAAUGUGAAGAAGCUUAAAGACCCCACCCUACGGUUCCGGCUGCUGAAGCACACACGUCUCAAUGUUGUCGCCUUCCUCAAUGAGUUGCCCAAAACUCAACAUGACAUCAAUUCCUUUGUGGUAGACAUAAGUGCCCAGACAAGCACAUUGCUGUGUUUUUCUGUCAAUGGUGUCUUCAAGGAAGUGGACGGGAAGUCUCGAGAUUCUUUGCGUGCUUUCACCAGAACAUUCAUUGUUGUUCCUACCAGCAGUUCAGGGCUAUGUAUUGUAAAUGAUGAACUAUUUGUGCGGAAUGCCAGCCCUGAAGAAAUCCAAAGAGCCUUUGCCAUGCCUGCACCCACGCCUUCCUCUAGUCCAGUGCCCACCCUCUCCCCAGAACAGCAGGAAAUGUUGCAGGCAUUCUCUACCCAGUCUGGAAUGAACCUCGAGUGGUCCCAGAAGUGCCUUCAGGAUAACAACUGGGACUAUACCAGAUCGGCCCAAGCCUUCACUCAUCUCAAGGCUAAGGGCGAGAUCCCAGAAGUGGCAUUUAUGAAGUGAUCCCAGAAGAAGCCCCUUGUAAAUAGCCCUUGGAAUAUUAAUGUCAUCUGUCGUCUCCUGUCUGGCCUGAGGCCUUCUUGUAACUGUGAUUGAGGAAGGAAGGCAACUACAUCCUUCUCACCUGCCUUCUGGAAGACUUGAGGAAGACUUCCGGGAGAUUGAGCCUCAUGGUGCCAGGAAGCCAAAGCUUACUUUGUAGAACUGACACUAAACUACCCGAAGGACUUAGGUGCUUUGUGUACUUAACCCCAGGACUACCCUUACUUUUUAAGAUAAAAGAGUGAUAAUGGUA